AUGCGGAGGAUCGUGUGCAGGCUGCGGAACGUGAAAGGCGCCAAGCAGCGGCUGCUGCACGCGCCGCCUCCACAGAAGAGGCGAAGGCGCUGGUGGCCGAAGCCUGGGAAGCCGACAGGCGAACCGAGGUCCUCGCCGAGGAGGCGCGGUCUCUGCGGCACCGGCGCAGCGCCGCACAAAAACAGGCGGAGGCGAGAGGCAGCGGAGCUGGCGCUGGCACAGCGCCGUGCCCGCAUCGAGGCGGCCAGCUCUCGCGCUACGGCAUCGGAUGCUGAGAUUGUAAAGCUCCGGCAGAUGUUGCAACAUCGCCAGGCAGACCUGGUGCGUGCAGAGCUGCAGGCUGACAUGGCAGCGCGCCGUGCUUCCGAACUCCUGCAGCAAAGCGAGCUCGAGCUGCCUUCAAGCACCAGCCGCAGUCCGCGAACGCCGGAGCCACCUGCUGCUAACUUGAGCUUGCCGAGUGGCAAGAGAGCCAGUGCAGGCCCAGAUCUUUCGGCCAGGGUUAGCGCCGACCUGGAGAACAUCCUCGAAGCCGUGAAGCAGCACGAGCUGAACAUGGCUGCCGUGAAGUCUGAGCUCGUCUCGGAGGCUGCAAUGUCGCUGCAAGGCAAGGGCGAUGCAGCUGCUGUGGAUGAGAUGUUGGUGCUGACCCGGCUCCGAUCUCGCCGAGACGAACAUGAGGAGCAAGUCCGUGUCCUGGAGGCCACUUGCCGUACGGACCGAGCACGUCGGCAUCGUGCGGACGAGAACAUUCUGCGUGACCUCUUCCUUCUGGAGGAAGCGGCCAGCGAGUUUCGGACAUCCUUGGCAUCCUUGGAGUCUUCCGAGCGCGUCAAAGCAACGGCUCGCGGCAAUGAGCAGGCAAGGACUUUGCAGCUGCAGGAGGCAGUGGAGGAUCGUGCCGAGGUUCGGGAGGAGUUGGCUGUGGCUCGUUGCCUCAUCGAAGCCCAGGCAAAGGAUGCUCCACACCUCCUGGCCGAGCUUUGUGGCCGCCGGGAGACACUCCGAGCUAAAGAUGCCGUGCAGCAGGCCCGGCUGGGGUUCUUAACCGCAGCGGCAGGGGAAGCGAGCAGAGCCGCUACAAAGGCCAACCUGCUGGCUCUGCUGCCGCGGCGGAUGCCUGUGGCACCCAAAAAUGAGGUGGACAUGGUGGCCAUCGAACAUCAGACUGGGCAGCUUCGCGAGGAAGUGGCCGCGCUGCAGAAACAGGUUGCGGAGAAGGGGGACGCGCAUGCCUGGCAGCAAGAGAUGCUGGAGAUCCGCAGCCACCAUGAGCGUUUGCUUUCUGAGAGGGCAGAGGAGAAAGAUGCUGCCUGCGGCACUUGCGGCACUCGGCUCCCGGCAGCACUGGCGAAAACCCUGCGACAGCUCCGCGGGGAUGCCGUACACUCUCCGGCGGCAAGACCUUCUGUGAAGCAAACGCGGAAGGCGAAUGACAGUGUGGCCAAAGUCGCAGGGUCCUUGUUGCAGCUCCUGGCAGAGACUCAGCACCGAGCAGUCUGCAACUCGGUGGCGGCGGAAGGAUAUCGCAAAACAGCGCAGGCGAAUGCCGCUAGAGGAACGUCAAUGUGGCAUUUUCCUCGUGUGGUUGCGUCACAGAUGGAACAGGCCCGGGAUCGCUCAAGGAUUGAGGAGGCAAGCUGUUUGGAGACACAUGAGCGAGCCCGCUUGGAGGCAGCAGCUGGCGAGCUGUUCUCUGAGCUGGAAGAGACGCGAGAGCAAUGUGAGCAGCUUGAGGCGCAGCGAAUGGCCGCCGUUGCAACUCUGCGAGCGCGGGAGGCUGCUGCCGCCGACGAGGCUUGUGCUGGGACCCUGGAGCCUUCCUGGCGUGAUGAGGCUGUGGAAGAGGCCUGGCGGCGUGCACGCGAGGCUGGGCGCGUCCCAACGGCAGAUGGCGAUGCGGAGGACGUUCUUCGCGCUGCGCAGGUGCUGCGUUUGCUGGGCCUGCAGUUGGUGCACUGGGAGGUGUCUGAAGGCAUCAAGAGCGCGCAGCUCAGGGCAGACGGCUUGGAGUUGGCCAACGCUGCCCUUGCACGGGUCGUGGUGCAGGUUCCAGGCCAGCCUCAUUCCAUGUCAACCCCACGGGUGCUAGAGGCUUUCUGGACCUCCAAGCGCACCGAGCUGGCAGAGGCCGAGCAGAGGCAGCGAGAAGCAUCGCGGCUUCAAGCCGAGGUGCAGACCUUCCACACGGAGCUCGCUCGGGCGCAGCGCUCCGAAGCCGAGGCUGCAUCGGAGCUCGCAGCCGCGGCAGGUUCAAAGCGUCGAUCUUUGGCAGGGCGGAAGCCCCCAAAACCGCCUGAGACGCACGAUCCGAAGCUCCUGGCCGGCAUGCUGGACGUCAUGAGUCAGGUGAUGGAGAUGUGUUCUGGAAUGCUGCCUGCCCGGGAGCCGGCAGCCACAGGCUCCAAGGCCAUGGCUGCGGUCCUCCGCGAAGUGAAGGACCUCGGCGGCUUUUGCCAGAUGCUCCAGCAGCAGGUCCCUUCCCAAAGGCAGUCGCUCUCGUCAGCAGUCUCCUUGCAUGAUUCUUCGCAAAUGGAGGGCGGCCAGAGGGAUGCUACUUCCAGACGAAUGGAAGCUCUGUUGGAGCUACAACACGAGCUGCAGCUGCAGUACAAGUCGGCGGCCGACGCCGUGCUUGUCCUUCGGCAGGACGUGUCCCAAAGGUCGCGGCUGGAGGAGGAGCUGCAGUCGGAGCUCAGGAGCAAGGAGCAGGCAAUACUUGCAGCCGAGGAGUCCGCGGCCGACAUGGUGACUUUGCCACUGCCACAUGUGUUGGAGGUCACGCCGGAAGCAGCGCAGCUCAAGGAGUUGUGCCGCCUCGAGCGGCGCUGCGUCGAGGAUGCUGCAACAAAGGUGGAUCUCGCGCGACGUAAGUUUGAGGAGCAAAGAGCCUUGGCCACUUCCGCCGCUGCACGGGCUGCUGAGGAGGUUGCGAAAGCUGAGGGCGGGUGCCACCAGUUGCGGCUCGCCAAGGAGGCUGGCGGGCGCGCUGAUGCCGACUUGGCCAAGGCCCAGCAGCAGCGGCAGCACCGCGAGGAGGCCAAGGCCGAGGAGCUUGCGGCCUCGGAGUGGGCUCUUAAAGCGGAAGAGGAGCAACGCAUGAAGGAGAACUUGAAACAGAACGAGGAGAAGCUGAAAGAGGAGGUCCAGGAGGCAGAGCGGCUGCGCCACGAAACCCUCCGUGUCGAGAGCGCCAACUGGGAGCUCCAGAAGCGCCUCUCACCAUCGCUGAAGCGCAUCGACGAACUGCGCCAUCGCCGUGCGACUCUGGAGACCGAAACUCGAGGGGUUGGAGCCUAUCCCGAGAGGGCCGUCAAGGCAACCCAGGAGCGUGUCUUGCAAGUGCAGGGUAGGAUCUCCGACAUCUUUGGACAGCUCGAGCAGACCGGUGCAGAGGAGCAGCAGCACAAAGCAGAGUCGUUGGUUUAUGCAUCCGAGGCGGCAGCUGCGGCAAAGCUCGGCGCCGAUGCUGCCCAGCGUGAGGCUGCUGCGGAGCUGCGCCUGGAAGCAGUGCAGGCCAAGGAGCAAUGGCAGGAGAUCGCCCACCGCGACGAGCACCAUGCAUGGCGCACUCAGGUUCAGGAGCUGGAGGAGCAGCAGUGGCGCAGCCGCCGUGCCCGCGAAGCCGCUGAGGCUUCGCAGCUGGAGGUGAAUGCCGCGAUUCGCUGCGACGCUGCGCGCCAAAAGGUGGUCGAGCUCCGCGAAGAGCUGGAAGAUGCCGAGUCCCAUUGCGCCGCGCAGCAUGGCAGCACCGCACCGCGGCAGAGGGAGCAGGUGCUUCUCACGGAGCUGGCAGCCAUUCGGAGCCAGGAAACCACGCUCCUUGAAGAGAUGGAGGCCUUGCGCCAAGAAGCAGAUGCCGAUGCCGAGCCGGUCAGCCCGGUCAACCCGGUCGGCAGACUCAGCCUGACCACGACUCACAAACCGACCAGCAGCGCGGCUACAGCCCGGGAGCUCCAGCGUCUCCAUGCUCAGCUGCGACGAGCCCGAGAGCAGAAAGAGGUCUUAAAGCAGGAAGUGGCUGCUGGCGAGCGUGAGGAGGAUCUCUUGCGGAAAGAGCUCGAAGAAGUGGAGCAGCAUCUGCGGCUUAGCCGAGAUGAUGCUGAGCGGAAGCGGGCCUUCAUCGCAACGCUCCAGAAUCACUGUGUCGGAGAAGCGUCCACCGAGCAUUUAGAAGCGCAGGCAAAACGCCAGGCGGAGCUGAGCAGUUCUCUCGCCAAGGCCCGGCAGAGCCUAGCCAGCAAGGAAACGCGCUUGAAGGCACUGAGGGCCGAGGCUGCGGAAGCCAAGCGACGCCGUGAGACUCGGCGAGACGCCGCGGCCGCCGAUGCCCGGCGCUGCGCUGCGGAUCUGGCGCGCACCAAGGCCCUGCGCUCGGAGCUUCGUCGCAAGGAGCGGGCGCUGCAAGAGCUUUGGGCGCAGAGCGAGGUGAUGGAGUCUCGCCUGGAAGAAAGCUACUCUGCCGGAUAG